CUUAACUUGUGGUAUUUAGUUUAAGUUAAUUAGUUCGUAAUGGCUGUAAUAACAAUGCGAACGUUUUCAAUUGGUGAUUACGUAGUUUUCGCCACGAUGUUGGCUGUUUCUACAAUCAUUGGAUUAUACUUUGCAAUUCGGGAUCGUCGAAAGAAAAACACCGAAGAAUAUUUACUUGCUGGAAGAUCAAUGAGUCCUUUUCCUGUGGCGUUUUCACUUUCAGUAAGCUUUAUGUCCGCCGUGACAGUUCUUGGAACACCGGUUGAGGUUUACAGGUUCGGUACAAUGUAUGCUUGGUUAAUGAUCGGAAUGCUGAUCGCAUUGACUGUUACGGCGGAAGUAUUUAUUCCUGUGUUUUAUAACAUGGGGCUUACCACCGUAUACGAGUAUCUUGAAAAAAGGUUCAACAGAGCCGUGCGCCUCACCGCGACUUUCUUGUUCAUGGUCCAGACAAUACUAUACGGUGGGAUCGUCAUUUAUGCUCCGUCUCUUGCUCUAAGUAGUGUAACUGGUUUUAACUUGUGGUUAUCUGUCGUAUCGACUGGAGCCGUGUGCAUCUUAUACAGCUGUUUGGGUGGAUUGAAAGGCGUAAUAUGGACAGAUGCAUUACAAGCCGUGGUAAUGUUGGUCGGAUUUAUUUCCAUUCUUAUCCAAGGAUCCAUUAAGCUUGGUGGAUUUGCAAACGCUUGGAAUCUUAGUAAGAUGGGUGGAAGAAUAGAAUUCGCAAAUUUUGAUCCAGACCCAAGAGUUCGACAUAGCGUUUGGUCACUGACUGUUGGGGGAUCUGUAUUUGUAGCUGGGCUAUACGCAGUCAACCAAUCUCAAGUUCAACGCUAUCUAUCAUGCAGAUCGGCAAAAGAUGCCAAAAUAGCUGCCCUUUUAAACUGGUUCGGCUUGGUGUUUCUCAAUAGUCUUGCAAUCAUGACUGGCAUUGUUCUUUAUGCUUACUACAAAGAUUGUGACCCUUUGACCACAGGACAAGUUAAAAUGCGAGAUGCGCUGCUACCAGUUAUGGUUCUUGAAAUAUUCAAAGACAACCCUGGUAUGCCUGGUGUAUUUCUUUCAAGUAUAUUUUCUGGAAGCCUCAGUACCGUCUCUACCGCAAUCACUGCACUGGCAAGCGUCACCGUCCAUGACUUUCUAAAACCGAUAUUUCCCUGGACGGAAAAGACUUACGCUUACAUAUCCAUGGGUUUGGUCAUAUUUUACGGUCUUCUCCUUAUAUUGUUUGCUUACCUUGCCUCUAAACUUGGGGCAAUACUUCAAGCUGCUAUCAGCAUUCUCGGACUACUAGGUGGGCCACUGGUCGGAUUGUUUAGCAUUGGUAUUCUCUUCCCAUUUGUUAAUUCAAUUGGUGCGUUAUGUGGCGUUGUCGUUGGAAUAGCUAUGAACGUCUGGGUGUUUGUUGGCAGCAAAUCAUACCCACCGCCAGCGAAAUUCGCCAAUGCGCUUCCACUGAGCUGUGCAGUGAGUUCCAACUUGGUAGCAAACUCUUCACAAGCCAUGACGACGACAGCGUUUGGACAAUUAAUUAAUACGACAACUUUAAGUCCUGUUCUUGCAACGACACGUCCUCCAGUUGCUGAUUUGUAUGCUAUGUCAUACAUGUACUACAGCGCUUUUGGCUUUUGCUUUGUAAUUCUUGUCGGAGUGAUCGUCAGUUUAGCAACAGGUGGUUAUAAAACUCGCAAAGAAGUUGACCCAAAGUUAAUUUAUCGAUUUUUUGAUCAUUGGUUGUUUAAGUGGGUUCCUGAGAAAGUUCGAAGAAUGUUGUGGUGUGGAGUGGACCAUGACAUAUUAAAACAACAAAACGCUGAUCAGAUAUUUCACGUCGAAGGAGAAGUAAACCCACGGUUUCAAGACGACAAACUGUAAAAUUCGUAGAGGAAAUUUUUAUAUUUCUGUUUAUGUGCCGAUAUAUUUAUAUAUGGUUUUAAAUAAUAUGAUGAUAUACGCUUGAA